AAGUGGAGAGGGAGGCAUUUUUCUGCAGGCUGCCCAAGAUGGCGGCGGUCCUGCAGCAGGUUUUGGAGCGCGCCGAAUUAGUCAAGCUGCCCAAAGCCGUGCAGGGCAAGUUGGAGCGAUUCCUCGCCGAUCAACAGAGCGAGAUCGACGGACUCCGCACUAGGCAUGAGCGCUACAAGGUGGACAGCGAGCAACAAUAUUUUGAAGUAGAAAAACGAUUGGCUCAGAGUCAGGAGAGGCUUGUUAAUGAAACACAGGAAUGUCAGAAUCUCCGAGAAGAGCUCACCAAGCUUAAUGAGCAAUUGAAGAAGCUAAAUGAGAAAAACAAAGAACUGGAAGGUGCUCAAGAUCACAAUGUGACCAUACAGAGUCAGCUCACCAGAGCAAAAGAAGAAUUGGAAGCAGAGAAGAGAGAUUUAGUCCGGACGAGUGAAAGAAGAGCUCAAGAACUAGAACAUUUAAAUGAGGAUGUUAAACGUCUGAAUGAGAAACUUACAGCAACAAACACUGCAAAGAUAGAGCUUCAGUUAAAACUGGAUGAGCUUCAGACAUCAGCCCUUUCUGUAAAACACCGUGAGCAGAGGUGGGAACAAGAAAAGGAGCUAUUGCAGAAUCAGAACGCUUGGCUGAAUACUGAACUGAAGGCCAAAACAGAUGAGCUUCUGGUCCUUGCUCGAGAAAAAGGAAGUGAAAUAUUGGAGCUCAAAUGUGGCCUGGAGAACAAGAAAGAGGAGGUUUCUAGACUGGAUGAACAAGUCACUGGACUAAAACAGUCUAACAACAAUCUACAAAAACACGUGGAGGAUCUUUUGGAAAAAUUAAAAGAGGCAAAAGAGCAACAAGCUAGUAUGGAAGAGAGAUUCCACAAUGAACUAAAUGCUCAUAUCAAGUUAUCUAAUUUAUAUAAGAGUGCUGCGGAUGACUUGGAAGCAAAGAGUAAUGAGUUGACCCAAGCUGUGGAGGAGCUGCACAAACUUCUCAAAGAGGCUGGUGAAGCUAACAAAGAAACACAGGGUCGUUUGGCUGAGAUGGAGCAAGCAAAGGCUGCGGUUGAAAAAGAACUGAAGGAAAAGAUUAACAAAUUGGAGAAAGAGUUGGACAACGCAAAUGAUCUGGUUUCAGCUACCAAGCGAAAAGGGGCCAUACUUUCAGAGGAUGAGCUGGCAGCUAUGUCUCCUACAGCUGCUGCUGUUGCAAAAGUGGUCAAGCCUGGUAUGAAAUUAACUGAGCUUUACAAUGCCUACGUAGAAGCUCAGGAUCAGCUGCUUUUGGAAAAAUUAGAGAAUAAGAGGAUCAAUAAAUAUUUGGAUGAAAUAGUGCAGGAAGUGGAAGCCAAGGCACCCAUUCUGAAGCGUCAGCGAGAAGAAUAUGAACGCUCCCAAAAGGCUGUAGCGAGUCUUUCUGCUAAACUUGAGCAAGCUAUGAAGGAAAUCCAGCGCUUACAAGAAGAGGCUGAUAAAGCAAACAAGCAUGUUUCUGUCUUUGAAAGAGAGAAUCAGAGGUUUGAAAUUCAGGUCAAAGAUCUUUCACAACAGAUAAGAGUAUUAUUGAUGGAGCUUGAAGAAGCCCGAGGUAAUCACGUCAUCCGUGAUGAAGAAGUCAGUUCUGCAGACAUCAGCAGCUCUUCUGAAGUAAUAAGUCAGCGCCUGGUUUCCUACCGAAACAUUGAGGAACUUCAGCAGCAAAAUCAACGCCUCUUAAUAGCUCUUCGAGAGCUGGGAGAGGCAAAGGAGAAAGAAGAACUAGAAACCACUUCUACCAAGAUUUCUGAGCUCCAGAAUCAACUUGGAGAAGCUAUAAUUGAGCUAGAAAAGCUGCGUGAGGCACGGCACCAUCAAAUGCAGCUUGUAGAGUCCAUCGUUCGUCAGCGUGACAUGUAUCGGAUUUUGCUGGCCCAAACUACUGGAGUUGCCAUUCCAUUGCAAGCUUCAAGCAUCUUGCCUGAGGAACUGACAUCAACCCCUAAACGCCUGUCAGGUUCCCUACCUGCUUCAACUCCAACUUCAGUCCCAGUGAUCGAGUCAACUGAAGCAGCAGAAGCAAAGGCUGCCCUUAAACAGCUGCAGGAAUUUUUUGAGAACUAUAAGAAAGAAAAGGCAGAGAAUGACAAGCUGCUGAAUGAACAAAAUGAGAAGCUUCAAGAACAGGUUACUGACUUGAAGUCACAGAAUACAAAGAUUUCUACCCAGCUUGAAUUUGCCUCUAAGCGUUAUGAGAUGUUGCAAGAUAACGUAGAGGGAUAUCGGCGAGAGAUCACAUCACUGCAUGAGAAAAUUCAAAAGCUGUCAGCAACUACUCAGAAGCAGGAACAGAUCAUCAACACGAUGACUCAAGAAUUAAGAGGAGCCAAUGAAAAAUUAACGGUUGCAGAGGUGAGAGCAGAGAAUUUGAAAAAAGAAAAAGAUAUUUUAAAAAUGGCCGAAGUUCGUUUGACUCAGCAAAAAGAAUCUUUAAUAGCAGAACAUAGAGGACAAAAUCUGCUCCUUACUAAUCUGCAAUCUAUUCAGGUAAUUUUGGAAAAGGGAGAGACAGAAACUCGACAGAGGCUCAAUAAUCAAAUUGAGAAGUUGGAAAGAGAAAUAGCCCAGCUGAAGAAAAAACUGGAAAAUGAGGUGGAGCAAAGACACACACUUUCCAAAAAUCAGGAUAUUCACCUCUUGGAUGCUAAAAGACAGUGUGAAACUGAAGUGAAUCUUCAUGCUAACACCAAAGAACUGCUGAAGAAUGCUCAAAAGGAGAUAGCAGCGUUAAAGCAGCAGCUCCACAAUAUGGAAGCUCAAAUAGCUUCUCAGUCAUUGCAGAGAGCUGCUGGCCAAGGCCAAUCUAGUGUUGGAGAGGAUGUGGAUGAUCUUUUAAGUCGAUUGAGGCAAUCUGAUGACCAAAUUAAUGAUUUGAAGGAGAGGCUAAAGACUGCCACAAGUAAUGUGGAGCAAUACCGUACGAUGGUUGUGAGCCUUGAAGAGUCCCUUAACAAAGAAAAGCAGGUGACUGAAGAGGUUCGGGCCACUGUUGAGGCUCGCUUGAAAGAGUCCUCAGAGUAUCAUUCCCAGCUAGAGAAGAAACUAAUGGAGGCUGAGAAAGAAAAACAGGAGCUUCAAGAUGAAAAACGUAAAGCCAUAGAAAACAUGGAACAACAGCUUUCCGAGUUAAAGAAAAAUCUCUCCAAUAUGAAGUCUGAACUUCAGGAAGCUCUCCAGAGAGCAAACACAGCCCUCAGCAAUGAACAACAAGCUAAACGGGACUGCCAAGAGCAAGCAAAGAUAGCUGCUGAAGCUCAAAGUAAAUAUGAACGGGAGCUGAUGCUUCAUUCUUCUGAUGUUGAAGCUUUACAAGCUGUCAAGGAGCAAGUUGCAAAGAAUUCCACAAUAAAGCAGCAAUUAGAGGAAGCAGCCCAAAAAGCAGAAUCCACCUUGCGAGAGAGCAGAGCUUCAUGGGAAGAGCGAGAAAGAGCAUUAAAGGAUGAAGCUUCUAAGCUUGCAUCUCGCUGUGAAGACUUAGAGAAACAAAGCCAACUGUUGCACGAACAGCUGGAAACUCUGAGCAACAAGAUGAUGGCUUCAAUGAAGGAAGGUGGGCCAGGAGCCCUGAAUGUGUCUCUCAGUGAAGAAGGAAAAUCACAAGAGCAAAUGGUAGAAAUUAUCAGGUUUAUCCGCAGAGAAAAGGAGAUUGCAGAAACUCGAUUUGAGGUGGCACAAGUAGAAAGCUUACGCUACCGCCAGCAGGUGGAACAUUUAGAAAGAGAGCUGAAUGAGCUGCAGCAAAGUCUGAAUGCAGAGAGGGAGAAAGUACAAGUGACUGCAAAAACAAUUGCUCAACAUGAAGAAUUAAUGAAGAAGACAGAGACCAUGAAUGUUUUGAUAGAAACAAAUAAGAUAUUAAGAGAAGAGAAAGAGAAAUUGGAACAAGAACUUCAGCAAAUGCAAGCAAAAGUACGUAAGCUGGAAGCUGAUAUCUUGCCUCUGCAAGAAUCCAAUGCUGAGCUCAGUGAGAAAAGUGGGAUGCUUCAAGCAGAGAAAAAGUUGUUGGAAGAGGAUGUCAAGCGAUGGAAAACCCGGACUCAGCAUUUAUUAAGCCAACAAAAAGAUGCAGAUGUUGAAGAAUAUCGGAAGCUUCUUUCAGAGAAGGAGGUGAACAACAAACGCAUUCAGCAGCUAAGUGAAGAAAUAGGCAGACUUAAAGCAGAAAUUGCAAGAACCAAUGCAUCACUGACAACAAAUCAGAAUCUGGUCCAGAGCCUCCGGGAAGAUCUAACAAAAACAAAAACAGAAAAGGAAACCCUUCAAAAGGACUUGGAAAUUAAAGUAGUAGACAUCCAAGAGAAAGUCAAGACAAUAACUCAAGUCAAGAAAAUUGGACGCCGCUACAAGACUCAGUAUGAAGAGCUGAAAGCACAGCAUGAUAAGAUGGUUGCUGAGGCUUCCACACAGUCUUUUGCGGAGCAGCCAGAACAGCAUGCGUCAGACAAAGAACAUCAGGAGAUGAAAGAGGCUCUAAACCAAGCUGAGGUCAAAAUAAAAGCUUUAGAGGGGCAGAUUGAAGUUCUUCAGAAGACUCUAGGAGAGAAGGACACUGAGGUAAAGAAUCUUCAGGAGCAAGUAUCCCAGCUGCAAUCAGAGCUUUCCCGCCUUCAACAAGAUCUACAGGAAAAAACAACACAGGAAGAACAACUCAGACAGCAAGUGACUGAAAAAGAGGAGAAAACUAAAAAGACACUUCUGGCUGCCAAGCAGAGGAUUGCACAGCUGGCAGGGGCAAAAGAUCAGCUGACUAAAGAAAAUGAGGAAUGGAAGCAAAAGAGUAGCACAUUGGAGGAACAAAAGACAGAGUUAGAAGUUCGGAUGAGUGCACUUAAAUCACAAUACGAAGGCCGGAUUUGUCGUCUAGAGCGAGAACUCAGAGAGCAACAAGAGAGACAUCAUGAACAGCGAGAUGAGCCUCCAGAAUCUACUAGCAAGGCUCCAGAGCAGCAAAGGCAGAUCACUCUCAAAUCAACUCAAGCUGCAGGUGACCGAGGAAUAGCUAGUGCUUCAGAUCCACCAACAGCCAACAUCAAGCCAACUCCUGUUGUGUCUGCCCCAAGCAAAGUGACAGCUGCUGCCAUACCCGGGAACAAGCCCACCCCAAGGGCUAGCAUCCGUCCAAUGGUUACACCUGCUACAGUCACCAAUCCUACAACUACUCCAACAGCCACCGUUAUGCCAACAACACAAGUGGAGACUCAGGAAGCCAUGCAGUCAGAAGGACCAGUUGAACACGUUCCAGUCUUUGGAAGCACAAGCGGGUCUGUGCGCUCCACGAGCCCCAAUGUGCAGACCUCUCUUUCCCAGCCCAUCUUGACAGUUCCGCAACAGAGUCAGGCCACAGCUUUUGUACAGCCUACUCAACAGAGUCAUCCUCAGAUCGAACCAGCUGCCCAAGAGCUGUCCCCAGCCAUCAUGGAGGUGGUGCAGAGCUCCCAGAUGGAAAGACCUUCUACGUCAACAGCAGUGUUUGGCACAGUUUCAGCUACUCCCAGCUCGUCUCUGCCCAAACGAGCACGAGAGGAAGAAGAGGAGAAUGCCGUCGAAAACUCGGAACAGAUUCCCGAGGAAAUGGUUGAUCUGCCUCUUGCAAAGAAACUGAGAACUUUGCAAAGAGUUGGGCCAGAGAGUGAUGUUUUGGUUGCUCAAUUUCGGGAUAUGGAAUUUGCGAUUCGGAUCCGUGGAUUGGCUGAGGACCCAAAAGAGAAUUUAAGAGAAUUAAUUCCGGAGGCAUUUAUGGAUGCCCUGGCUUGUGGGCGAGAAAUUCAUGAUGAAAUAGAACGUGUUUUCAGGGGUGUCACGCAGGGCGAGUAUACACCUAUGGAGGAUAGCGAGGAAACUUCUCAGUCCCUCCCUAUAGACCUUGGACCUCUUCAAUCAGAUCAGCAGAAUACAACCUCAUCCCAAGAGUGUCAGGGCAAGAGAGAUGAUGUCAUUGUCAUUGACAGUGAUGAUGAAGAGGAUGACGAUGAGGAAAAUGAUGGUGAAGCAGAAGAAUAUGAAGAUGAAGAAGAUGAGGAUGACGACGAUGAUGAUGAAGACACAGGAAUGGGGGACGAAGGCGAGGAUAGCAAUGAAAGCACUGGCAGCGUGGAUGGUAACGAUGGAUAUGAAGCAGAUGAUGCUGAGGCUGCUGAUGGAAUGGAUCCCAGUACAGAAACUGAAGAGAGUAUUGCUGGAGGUGAAAAUAGCCAGAGGGCAGCUGACUCCCAGAACUGUGGCGAUGGGAGCACAGGUACUGUAGAGUCUACGUUCUCUCAGGAAAGCCCAAGGGAACAGCAGCCCACAUCUGCUUCUGAGAGACAAGUUCCCCGUCCACCUCGACCUCAUCCCUUACCUCCACGAUUAACUAUCCAUGCUAUUCCUGCUCCACCCCAGGAACUGGGACCACCAGUCCAGAGGAUACAAACGGCUCGGAGACAGUCUGUGGGGCGUGGACUUCAACUAACUCCAGGUAUAGGUGGCAUGCAGCAACAUUUCUUCGAUGAUGAGGACCGGACAGUUCCAAGCACCCCAACAUUGGUGGUACCGCAUCGUACAGAUGGGUUCGCAGAAGCAAUUCAUUCUCCUCAGGUUGCCGGAGUUCCUCGGUUCAGGUUUGGACCUCCUGAAGAUAUGCCACAAACCUCUGGCCAAUCAGAUCUUGGCCAACUUGCAUCACAAGGAGGGCUAGGAAUGUAUGAAACACCCCUCUUUCUUGCCCAUGAAGAGGAAUCCGGAGGUCGUAGUGUCCCAACAACUCCACUACAAGUUGCAGCACCUGUGUCUGUAUUUACUGAAAGCGCUUCUGCCGAUGCUUCCGAGCAUGCCUCCCAGUCUGUUCCAAUGGUUACAACUUCCACUGGUAACUUAUCAACCACUUCAGAAUCUGGAACAGGUGAUGAUGGUGACGAGGUUUUUGUGGAGGCAGAAUCAGAAGGAAUUUCUUCAGAGGUGGGCCUAGACAUUGAUAGCCAGCAAGAGGAGGAAUCAUCUCAAACUCCUGAUGAAUCAGAUCUUCCUUCUACCAGUCAAGAUCCUCCUUCUAGUUCAUCUGCAGAUACAAGCAGCAAUCAUCCCAAACCCUUCCGACGCGUUAGACUUCAGCCCCCAACCUUAAGGGCUGGAGUCCGUGGUCGUCAGUUUAAUAGACACAGGGGUAUAACUCAUUCAAUGGGUGGCAGAGGAGGCCUGAACAGAGGCAAUAUUAACUAAAUGCUGUACAAAUUUUGGAAAUGGUGUAUACUGUUUAGUCUGCCUUUAUUCUGCAUUAGUAUAAUAGCUGCCAAGCUUAAAGCAGUCUUUUUUUAAAAUGUUAAAAAAGGAUUGUUGUAUGAACAUUUGGUUGUCUUUUAUUAAUAAAAACUAGAGAAACUGU